CAAGUAAACAUAAAUAGUAAUUUUAUUUGUCCUUUGUAAUGUUAAAAUGGAAAUAGAAAUUAACGUAACGCCAGAGAUAAAUGAAAGAAAGGGAAAUACUUCGAUUUGUCGGGUAUGUUUGAAAACGGGUGCAGCUAAGUUUAAGUCACUUUUUGAUAAAUUAAAAAAUUUGCCUCUUUUCGAUCAUAUAAUAAUUCUAACAAACAUUGAAAUAAAACUAAGCGAUGGUUUACCAGAUAAAAUUUGUUCAACGUGUUACAAAGAAUUAGAGACGGCUGUUAAUUUCAAAGAAAAAUGUGAAAAUGCGAAUUGUAUUUUUAAAAAAGAUAUACAAAAUAUAUUGAAGGGUGAGGAAAUAUAUCCAGAAAUUCUAGUUAAGAAUGAACCAGAUGAAAUCGGCCAAGAAUCUGAUGACGCGAAGUAUCCAGAAGAUGAUUUGUUUAAAAGUGAAGCAUUGGACAUAUCAGACAAAAAUAAAUCCACAGAUAGUACAGUCCAGUGCCAUGACUGUGGCUCUUUCUUUAAAAGUAAAUGCAAAUUGAGAGUGCACUGGAAAAAAACCCAUAUGCUAAAUUCUUUAAUAUGCUCUGCAUGCAAAAGAACAUUUAAGUCCUAUAAAGCGUACCACAGUCAUAUGAAAAUAAAGAGGUCAAGUUGCACUUCUUUACAGAGUAGCAUGAUUGAUAUUGCCGGUAUUGGUAAAGAUAGGUUAUUCCAUUGCAAAGAGUGUACUUAUAAAACCAAAAGAAUUAAAGAUAUACAAAACCAUAUUGUUAUUCACAACGGAGACAGACCAUAUAAAUGUGACAUUUGUUUAAAAACUUUCACACAACUGAGCACUGUACAGAAUCACAAGGAAAUGGUACACAAGAAAUAUAAAGUUGAGAUCACAUGUCAAAUUUGUGGAAAGCGUGUUAGAGGUAGAUCUCAAGUGUAUCGGCACAUAGUAAGUCAUGAUAAAAUACAGUGUCCAAUCUGCAAAAAAACAAUGAGUAGGUUAAGUCAAAAACAACAUAUGCAACGUCACAGCGGAUCAAAGAGUUAUACUUGCGAAGUAUGUGCUUUAGCGUUCUACACCGCUGCAGAAUUGUGCAACCAUAGACGUAACCAUAAUAAAGAUAAGCCAGCUCUUAAAUGUCCCUUAUGUGAAUAUAGGUCGAAUAGAUCUGACUCAAUGAAGAGACAUAAAAUUAGACAUACAGAUGUAAAUAUACCAUGUACUAUUUGUGGUAUGUUUUUCUUAACAAAGCAAAAGCUUGUUUUACAUGAAAGAAUACAUUAUGAAGAGAAGAAACAUUUUUGUCCGUAUUGUAAUCAUUCAUUUCAUAGUGAACGUUCGGUUAGAAAACAUGUUAAUUUGAAACAUAAACAUCUUGUUAUUUUGAAUAAAAAGCAAACACAAGUUCUAGUCAAAGAUGAAGUUCCCGCACUGGAUCCUAAUAGUCCUAACAUUAUUGAGGUUGAAACAUCACCAAUGGAAGAUUUGUUAUAG